AUGCUUACUGGACCAACUGUUCUAUUGAAAAAUAGUACAACUUCAUUAUACAAUACAACAACAAUUAGUCAUUUAUCGUCAAACAAUAACAACAGCACUAACAGUAAUACUGAUCAUAAUGAUCGUCAACUCAAAACCAGUCUAACUCAAUCCGCCUAUUUACCAACAACAACAACGACAACAUUAUUCUCCAAUUUAUCUGGCCUAUUGACUACUACUACUCCUACUACUACUACUACUACUACAUCGUCAUUCAUCUAUGAGAAUAGUACUUUGAAUAACAGUAAUAAUAGUAAUAUUGAUCAUACUAUUCAAACCUACAGAUUAUCAGAUUCACAUAAAACUAUUCAUUACCAUAAUGCCAAUAAGAAUUUAUGCAUACAUCAUACAGGAGGAAUUAAUCAACAAAAAGCUAAAUCUUCUGACCAGUUAAUGAAAAGUCAUCAUCAUAAUAUUGAUGCUGAUGUUAAUGAUGACGAUGGUGAUGAUGAUGAUGAUGAUGAUGUUGAAAUGACAUUGUUCACUAGUAGUAGUUGUAGUAGUAGUAGACGAAGACUGCCACCAUUAGGUAAAAGUGAUAGCAGCGAUGAAACAGGUCUACAAAUCAAUCAUAUCGAUGAUAAUCACGAUGAUGAUGAUGAUGAUGAUGAGAGUAGGAUGAAUGCUCCGUCAAAAAUUAUUAUUCAAGUUGAUUCAAGUGAACAUUUCGAUAAUAAUUAUAACAAUAAACAUAAAACUACUGAAAGAUAUAUAAGUAGUAAUGAAGAAAUUGCUUAUGUUAGUGGUGGUAGAAUAUCACAAAAUCAAUUGGAUACAGGGAAUAUUGAAUAUAAGCUAACAAAAUCCACUAUACCAAUCUCAUCUUAUUCUAGUCUACGUGAUAUUGAUGAUACUGAUCAAAGUAGAUGUUUCUAUUGUCAUAAUCGACUGCCAAGUUGUACACAUCAAUUAAAUUUAUUGCAACCUGUCAAUACUACUAAUAAUAAUGAUGUGAGUAGUACUAUUAGUAGUAUUAUCUCGACAAAUAUGAUGGGUAAUCGACAAAAAUCCACAUCCGCUAUACCAUCAUGUUCAACUUAUGAAAUUCGUCCAGCUACACCGGGUAAAUUAACCGAUUAUGAACAUGAAUUUUAUAAUCCUUUAUCUACUAAUCAUAGUUCUUAUUUUUACCAUCCAAAUCAUACUACUACUACUAAUAAUAAUAAUAGUAACAAAUUAUUAUUUCCUUCAAAUUUCUGCCAUGACAAUUUACACAGUCUAACAACGAAUCAAUGUUCAAGUAAUUUUAUGUCCAAUGUUCAAUGUUCAUCACCAUCAUCAUCAUCGUCAUCACCACAUGUCUGUGUGGAUUUACAACAAUCCAAUCAUUCAUGUACUCAGUCUAUCCCUACUACUACUAACACUACUACUACUCAUAUUGACAAUCGAAAUCGUAGCCUACAUAGUAUUGAGAAUAAUACACCUGUACAAAGUUUAGAUUAUCUAUGUGAAAACACAUGUAAUGAGAAUAAUUAUACAGACAAAUCAUUUUUAAUACAAACUGAUAAUCAUACUACUAAUAAUAACAAUGUUAGUAACAUUGAUCCUUCCGAAACUUGUACAAAAAUCGAUCGAUCCCAUUCAGAUACGGUGACCGGAGGAUCAUUACAACGUAUCUCAUUAUAUUUUACAAAUAAUACACAACAGAUUAGCACUAAUCAUCAUCAUCAUCAUCAUCGUCAACAUCACUAUACUACUACUAUUACUACUACUACUAGUAGUAGUACUACUACAACCAGUCAUAAAGAACAUAUCCUAUUGAAUAGAGGUGACAAAUCACAACCAUUCAGAUCAGUAAUACGUAAUAGUUUAACAAAUUAUUCUAUACUACGUGAUUCAUUCAAACAUUAUAUAAAUGAAGUGAAUCACCAUUCUAAAACGAUCAAUAAUCGUGGCAUAAAACAUAAUAAUACUAAUACUAUGUCAUAUCAACGUACUACUAUCAAUGUACCGAAUGAUUCAACCAAUUCAUGUCAAGCUUCGUUAUUACCAACUAGUCAUAAUAAUAAUACCAGUAAUAGUAAUACUAAUAUGAGUACAAAUAAGAGUAUACGGAAUACCAAUGAACAUUUCGACGAUAAAACUAUAGAACAAUCAAUGCUUGGCAAUGAAUUAUCAGCAAUAAGACGUAGUUUUAAUACUACUCAUACGACUACGACUACUACGACUACUGCCACAACAACGAUGACCACAACUAAUAAUAGUAAUAGUAAUAAUACAGCAACAGGGACAAAUCAAUUGAUGACGGAUCCAAGAUCAAGAACAUGUUGUUUUUGUUGGUGCUGCUGUUGUUCAUGUUCAUGCAUAAAUUUGAAAUCGAUCAGUUUAAUAAAUUGUAAGAUGAAUUCAACCAAUCAGGUUUAA